AAACGUCACCCAUUAGACGGGUGAAAUUUGGACGAGGUGAGCAGGCUGAGCACGUACGACACUCGUGGAGUCGUGGGCUAGUAUUUCUAAACGUAACACUUUGAAAUGGGGUUUUAAAUCGACGGUUUUUCUUCUCUAACUACACGACAAGAAAAUUGCGUAAACAAAUUUAGAAUGGAGACGAGCGAAAAAGGCAAUCAACACGAAAGUAUCCCUCUAAGGAACGGAACAGGGGAUGCGAAUUCAAAAAUCAAAUCAACGAAGGGUAGAUCUGGACUUAUGAAACUGUCGAGCUACAUACUGGCCUUACGUCCGUGGUCUCUAAGUGCGAGCCUUAUGCCAACUUUGCUAGGAUCGACGUUAGCGUACAAGUAUCCGGGAGGAACUGACUUUAACUACAUUACCUUAAUUUUGACUGUGUUUAUUAGUGUGUCUGUGCACGGUGCGGGAAAUUUGGUUAACACGUACUUUGAUUUCGUGAAGGGUAUCGACGAUCGUAAAUCGGACGAUCGGACCUUAGUCGAUCACAUCUUAACCAAGGAUGAAGUGGUCACGUUGGGUGCUUUGUUGUAUUUCGCGGGUUGUGUAGGUUUCAUACUGUUAACUGCACUCUCGCCCGCAAAAAUGGAGCACUUGGCAUUGGUGUACUUCGGAGGAUUGUCAUCUAGCUUUCUAUAUACGGGUGGAAUAGGUCUUAAGUACAUCGCCUUGGGCGACAUCUUGAUACUGAUCAUUUUUGGACCGAUUUCAGUUCUGUUCGCGUUCAUGUCGCAAACCGGUCGGCUGGAAUGGGCCACAAUUUACUAUGCGGUGCCGCUGGCUUUGAACACCGAAGCGAUCUUACAUAGUAACAAUACGAGAGACAUGGAGGUUGAUAGGAAAGCGGGCAUCGUAACGUUAGCCAUUCUUAUCGGACAUACAUGCUCGCAUGUAUUAUACGCCGCGUUGCUUUUUACACCGUAUGUAAUGUUUAUCAUUAUGACCAUUAAGUAUUCGAAAUGGUUUAUACUGCCGUUAGUAACGCUUCCUCAGGCUUUCAAGAUUGAGAAGCAAUUUCGGACCAAGGACAUAGCCGAUAUACCGAAAAAGACGGCGAAGCUUAAUCUGUUUUUUGGUAUUUUAUGCGUGAUGUCGUGCAGUAUCGCGCCGAACAUGCCUUAUUUUGUUAAAAGAUAAAUGUAGUGUCAUUUUAGGUUUAUCAAUUUACGAGAGUUAAUUGCAUCUCACGCAUGCUUUAUCAUAGAUAUACGUUUUGUUGAAUAUUUAUCUACCUAUUUAUUUUACGAGAGUAUGCAUGUGGAUCUUUGAACUUUGAAAUUGACAUGUUAAGUACACAUAUUACGAUAACCAGUGAAUUACGGAAUCGCUAAUGUGAUAUUUGGAGUGUGUGAAUCUUUAUUUCUGUUACAGAGGCUAAUUUUUUUUGUUCCAUUGUGCAAUUAACGACUGAUUUAAUCCAGUAGAUAAGUUUUUUUCGUUUAAUAUCGAGUGAGAAUUAUACUUAAUGACAAUAAAUGCUAAGUCUGUCUUUGAUAUUAAGAUUAUUUAUAUUCCACAAAAAUAGGUAUUGCAUUUUGGGUUACAAGUUUGUAAUACUUCUUUUGUGCAUUAGUGUUAAAUAAAUGUUGCUUUUAGAUGUGA